CCAGGGCCUCCCCCUGCACAGAACCAACCUCUUCAUCACCGAAACCCAUCAGCACAAUUUGCUUUUGGUGACUCUGAGCUGGCUCUUCCCAGUCACCUGUUUGUGCUUCAGGCACCUCCUGGAAAUGUCCCUCCUGGGCAGCAGAAGGGCAAGGCCGGGUCCUUGAGCCUGGGCACAUCGUGGCUCCUGACUCACAGGUCACACAUCAGCCUCCACUCAGUGUCCUGGUGCUCUGGAGAUGGUGAAUAAGUACUUUAUUACCUGCCUCACACGACAAUGUGUGCCUUAAACGCUGUAAGUCUUUUAUGUGUCCCGCUGGGUAAUUAAAAGAUGCUUAUCAGAAAUCGUGAGUCAAGCAGGACAUGGGAACAGCAUCCAAAUGGAGGAGAUGUUUUGCCAAUAAAUAAUUUAAUCCUCGUUCCUGCAGAGUGUUUCAUUUAUGAGGGGAAGACUUGGAACCCUAUAAAAGGCCCCGGUCCCUUUGCCUGUCACAAUCUGCUCCCCUGGUCAGCGCCUGCCUUCCCUUGGGAACGGGGUAAGACACAGCCCUGGGUCAUUUUUGGAUGGGGUUUGGAUUCAGGAGGUCACAGACCUGACUUGUUACACUUGAACUUUCAAGAAUGAUGGGCUAAGCCAAGACAGAAGCUGUUGGGAGACCUGGGUGUGGGAUUGGCACUAUGGGCUAAGCCAAGAAAGAAGCUCUUGAGGGUGUGGGAUUUACACACAUGGUGUCUUAUGGUUGAUUCUGUUCCUGGAGGGAAAAAAAAUGAAGGGGGAGGUCAGAAAGAGGGUUUGGACUUAAUCUGACCGGCACUGGGCAGCUGCAGGAGUUUCCUUUGGACCCAGACCCUCAGGAUAGUCGGGUGUGACCCGGUCACGUCUCACUAACGCAGCUUUACGGGGAGUCAAACAAAACCAGAGCAGACGGUGACACCAGCUUGCUGUUUUCCAGGCUUUUCCCUGCAGCUCAGCCAUGAUCUACUCUUCUGGAAGAGAAUCCUACUUCAACCUGAACUCCACCUGGUACGACCCCUCGGGGUCGUGGCUGGACACCCGGCGCACCCCGUUCCGCUACGGCUACGCCAACUGCUGCUCCUCAGGCUGUGACAGUGAGGGGGUCGAGGGCAUGAGGGGCCACGACUACCGGCACUACGGCUACAGGCAGCCCGGCUGCUCCGAGGGGGGCCAGGGCUACGGCUCCUCCGAGUGCUGCCACGGGGGCUCCGCCUGCGUCCGGAGACCCACCUACAGCUGCGGCUCCUCGGGGGGCUGCCAGGGCUACGGGAGGUCCGUCUGCUCCGAGAGGUGCCAGGGAUCAGCAGGGGGCUGCCAGGGCUACGGGAGGUCCGUCUGCUCCGAGAGGUGCCAGGGAUCAUCCGGCUCGUGCCACGGAGGGGGCUCGAGCUGUGUCAGGAGACCCACGUACAGCUCGGGGUCGUCAGGGGGGUGCCAGGGCUACGGCAGGUCGGUGUGCUCGGAGACGUGCCACGGCUCGGGGUACCAGGGGGGCAAGGUGAGCUAUGGGAAGGCCUCACAGUGCAUCCCACAGUGUGUCCCGCAGAGCAGCCCCAAGUGCAUCCCACAGAGCGCCCCAAAGUGUGCCCCAAAGUGCAUCCCACAGAGUGCCCCAAAGUGCAUCCCACAGAGUGCCCCAAAGUGUGCCCCAAAGUGUGUCCCAGUGCAGACCUGUCCCCCUCCAGUGCAGACCUGUCCCCCUCCAGUGCAGGUCUGUCCCCGUCCAGUGCAGGUCUGUCCCCCGCCAGUGCAGGUCUGUCCUCCUCCAGUGCAGGUCUGUCCUCCUCCAGUGCAGGUCUGUCCUCCUCCAGCGCAGGUUUGUCCCCCUCCAGUGCAGGUUUGUCCCCCUCAAAUCCAGCAAGGCUGUGUGCCCGUGCCAAAGGGCAUCCCAAGGCAGCAGCAGAAGCAGGUCUGCAAAAUUCCAGCCCGGAAGAUAAAGUAGAAGCCAAGAGGAGUGAGGACAAACGAAGGGAACGUCUCACUCCUGCACCCUCUGAUGGGCCCCACAUCCUGUGCUGUUCGUGGGGCUCUGCUCUGUCAUCUUGCUUGUAUCGUGCUUUGAAGGCGUAACCCACGGUCUCUGUGAAAUAUUAAAUGCUCUUCCCCUCCUUAUUUCACAGCAGAC